UAACCGGAUCCGUGUUUUCACUUCUCACCUCAUCUGCUAGACUUCGACGAGCAUAGCUCCGGUUGUGCCUUGGUGGGUCGGUCUCGGCCACUCGGGCAGUUUGGACUUCCAGACUCGUGAUUGUCUUGCUUUCACAGGAAACCUCUUGGUCAUCGUUGUACCUUCUCCACAAUAACAUUCCUAAUCGAAAAAAUAUCUGGAGAAAAGAAAAGCAACGUAAACCCUAAUCUUUCGUGUCUUCUGGUCGAGGACCCUUGUUUCUGCAGAUCUUUAUCUUGCGAACGGAUGAAGUAAGCAGCUCAUCGUUGCCUUUGGCUCUGGUCUGUUUUCUUCAUUGCGGCUGUGAAGAAAGCUGAUUAAGAAAACGUGCUCAUUGAACUGUAUCUUCCAUAUCAGAAAUGAGUGGUCGUUCUGCCCGUACGCUUUAUGUUGGGAACCUUCCUUCUGAUAUUCGAGAAUGGGAAAUUGAAGACCUAUUUUACAAGUAUGGUCGUAUAGUGGAUGUUGAAUUGAAGAUCCCCCCUCGCCCUCCUGGUUUUUGUUUUGUGGAGUUUGAGAAUGCUCGGGAUGCUGAAGAUGCAAUUAGGGGUCGGGAUGGAUACAACUUUGAUGGUCAUCGAUUAAGGGUUGAGCUUGCCCAUGGUGGUAGGGGACAAUCGUCAUCAACUGAUCGUCGUGGUGGUUAUAGGGGUGGUGGUGGUGGACGAUCUGGGGGUGCUUCACGCAAUUCUGAAUAUCGAGUUUUUGUUCGUGGACUGCCCUCUUCUGCUUCAUGGCAAGAUUUGAAGGAUCAUAUGCGGAAGGCUGGUGAUGUGUGUUUUGCCCAAGUUUUCCGUGAUGGUGGUGGAACCAUGGGUGUGGUAGACUAUACCAAUUACGAUGACAUGAAAUAUGCUAUCCGUAAACUUGAUGAUACUGAAUUUAGAAAUCCAUUUUCAAGGGCUUAUAUUCGGGUAAUUAUAUUUUCCGUAGUGAUUAUGUUUGUGUUAUAAAUUUCCCCUUUCUAUAAAUUUGUGUUUAUUAGCUAAGAAGAGAAUUAUUUGGUGAUUUUUCCUUUCAUAUAUUUUCCUUAUAGUAUGGUUAUGGUUAAUUUAGAAAAGUCUUUGCUUUACCAUUUCCCUGCCAUUCAAAAUCAUUGCCAUUUGGCAAAGGGAGGUCCGCUUCAUUAUGCUUUGGCUCUGUCCUUCGUUUCAUUGUAUUUCUUUUUACCUUUGUUGUGUUUUUUUUUUCCCCUGUAAAGAUGCUUUGGUAGUGAAGAUUAUGUUGAAGAAGCAUGGGAUCAUCUAAUAUUUACAUACGAGGAACAGUUUCCUGGAUGGCACUCUUAGGAAGAUGUUCCUGUACUGCCUUGAUAUCUACCUUGUGGCCGCUUUGAUGGGGGGCCAAAUUUUGUGGAUUGGGAGGACUGAUGGUCCACUGGUCAUAUGUUAAGUUUCAGUCCAAAGGAGUUCACCACAAGGCAAAA